AUGCAUCGAAGUUCCUUUGUAGUGAGAGUCUUGAUAGGAACAAAUUUCCGACAGCGUUUUCGACCACGCCAAAACCUAUGUCGUCAUCCACAAUAUAUUCAGGGGCACACGCAACCGACACAGCUAAGUAAAGAAGGAAUAUCGAGCGCAAAAGAUGGGAAGAAAAAUUUGCUGCAGAGAAUAAAAGAUAUGAAGGAUACGAAAGAUGGACAAGUUCAAUACGAACAGUAUAAAUCAGCAAAACGGCGAAAAAAACCAACGAAUAAAGAGAUCAAAUUGGAAAUAGCGGAAACGCAAAGACGUAAUCAAACGGAAAAAAAGCUAAAAGAAGAUAAGAUGGCAAAAGAGGAGAAAGAGGAAGAGGAGGAGGAGGAGGAGGAGGAGGACGACACAAUGAAAGGGAUCGCUUCGCUACAACAGGACCCCAAUAUCGUCUCCACCGAAGAGUAA